AUGGAUACAUCAAACUCUUGGUUUGAUGUCUCGAAGGUCCAAAAUCUCAAUUUUGAUCUGCACGCUACCUCUUGUUCCCCAAAUUCUAGAAGCAACGAAUUUCCAAAUUAUUCAGUAGAGAGUGAAUAUAAAACGCUAGCGACAGAUGACUUCAGCAAUAUCCUCAAUUUAAACUAUGGAGAAGCAAACGAAAUGAUAAUGAGUGAAAUAAAAGACCUAAGUCUUCCGCUGGGACCGCUAUCGGAUGACAAAUCCGUCAAGGUUUCUGCUUUCCCUGAAUUAACCCCAAAUUAUUGGCAGAGUAUGAACUUUGGCUUGGAGAAUAAUCCGAAAGAAGCUAGCGUAAACACGGCUGGCUCGUUGAAGGGAAUUAGGUCAAAUCAGGACGCCGGUGUGUCUACUUCACAAAAAAAGGUGGGUGAUAUAUCCGAGGAUUGGAAAAGGAUGACCAUACCAGACAAUUUAUUAGCUGGUGUGAAAAGGAACGAAUUAGAUAAGGGGUUCGAUAGGAAUCUUGGUGAACUACUGCUACAACAACAGCAAGAGUUGCGUCAGGAAUUGAGGGCACAGCAAGAAGCUAAUAAAAAGCUAGAGCUAGAACUAAAAGAAACACAAUUCAAGCAGCAACAAUUACAGGCUACUUUGGAGGGCGGUGACAGCCAGCAGUUUUUAUCUCCCCAAAAAAAUAUGGUACCUGCUCUCGCGAAUGUGGAAGACGUAUACGCAAAUAGUCUUUCACCAAUGAUUUCCCCGCCGAUGUCGAGCACUUCAUUCACUGGAUCACCUUCUAGAAGGGCCAAUAGAUCGAAGUAUUCAUUGGGAAGGAAAAAUUCUAAUGGCACAUCAGGGCCAUUAUGUUUUCAGGAAUUGGAUGCGGAUCUUAAUGGAAUGAUUAUUUCACCAAAAAAGACUCGUCCGAAUCCAAACGAAAGCUCUGUUUCGAAACCUAAAUUUAUAGCACCUUUCACUCCAAAGAGUAGAGUUAGUUCUGCUACUUCCAACUCAGCCAGCAUUACUCCGAACAACUUAAAACUGGAUUUUAAGAUUACUAGUGAAGAACGAGAUGGCGAAGACUCUGGGGAACCUUUAGGGCUUGGUAUUGAAAUGCUUGGCAAGCCAGGCUCUUUCCUUGCAAAAGCAAUGUCCUUGAAAGCCCCUCCCAUCGAAAUUAUGCCUACAAUUCCUGGAUCUGUAAAUAACACUCCAUCAGGCAAUAGAGUGGCCCUUUCCUCCACAUAUAUUGAUCAGUGUACCCCAAGCGGCAAACAAUUACAUUUUAACUCAAUUAAUGAAAAUUCAUUGGGUAUUGCUUCUACGACACCGCAAUUGAAGCCGCCGAGCCAAAAGGGACAUCGCGAAGUUUCUCUUAAUGACUUGAAUCCUGACUUACUCGUGAGGAAUGCAGAUAACGAAGACGAUAAUGAAGAGAAUGAACCUGAAAGCAGAUUUAUUAUAUCCGAAACACCUUCUCCAAUUUUAAAGUCGCAAGGGAGAUACGAAGGAAGAUCCCCUCAAUUUGGUACACAUGUUAAGGAAAUUGACACGUAUAUCGCCAAUAGUCCUUCAAAGAUAACAAGAAAACUCACAACCCUACCCAGAGGCUCAAUUGACAGGUAUGUAAAGGAAAUGCUCGAUAAGACAUUUGAGUGUUUGUAUCCGGGAUGUGCAAAAACAUUCAAGAGAAGGUAUAAUAUUAGAUCCCAUAUACAAACACAUUUAGAAGACCGGCCUUAUUCUUGUGAUUGCCCUGGAUGUGAUAAGGCGUUUGUGAGAAACCAUGACUUAAUAAGACAUAAGAAAUCGCAUCAAGAAAAGGCAUACACCUGCCCCUGUGGUAAGAAGUUCAACAGAGAAGAUGCGUUGGUUGUGCACAGAAGUAGGAUGAUUUGCAGCGGUGGUAAAAAAUAUGAAAAUGUGGUGAUUAAAAGGUCUCCAAGAAAAAGGGGAAGACCAAGAAAGGAUGAGAUGUCGAGCGUUUCUAGUAGUCCGAUUAAAGAAAACCUCAACAGGGAUCACAAUGGUCAGUUGAUGUUCAAGCUUGAAGAUCAACUAAGAAGAGAGCGUAGUUAUGACGGGAAUGGAACGAGGGCUAUGGUUUCGCCAAUGAAAGUCAAUCAAAGAUAA